AUGGCUCCAGCACGAGCAAGAAUCCUGGCGGCGGUCGUAGCAUUACUCUCGCAGAGUGUGCGUGUUCAAGCCCAAUGCAGCGUCUCCGGCACCACAACCAUCUCCAACACCGCGCAGGCUUCCGCACUGUCCAGCUGCACUACCUUCUCCGGCUCCGUCGCCGUCGCCACCGAUGUAUCAGGAGACCUGAGGUUCGACGUCCCCAAGAAAAUUACCGGUGAUCUCGUCGUCGACAAGAAUCGCGUCCUAACCUCGCUCUUUAUCGACGACUUGGGCGAGAUCGGAGGCGGCUUCGUGCUAGGAGAUUUCCCGGCGCUCUCGCGGUUUCGCUUGUGGUCUCUCACCAUCGUAGGCACGAUCGACUGGCAUGACCUGCCGAAAAUCGGCGCGAACGAGACCGGGUGGUACGAUUGGUGGCAUGUGAAGAACAUGUCGAUUGUCAGGACUACUAUACCCUCCAUCUCUGCGUGGCAGUUGGACUCGUUGGACAACCUCGAGAUCAUGGAUAAUUGGGGCCUAUACUGGGUUGAUUUGGGUGUCGAGACGAUAAGCCAUCUCCAUAUCGCCUCGAAUGCCCCUAACCUAGAUGCUCUAGUGGAACGUUAUAACAUUCCACUUAGAGCCCUCUAUAGUAUCUAUUAUACCUCUACGUAUUAUUAG